AUGACCAAGUGGCACCCCCCGCCAAGCAUGUUACAAGCCACAGUAUGCUCCCGACUGAUCCCACCGACAUUGCUAAAGGCUGACGAUGAAGCGACUUGGUUCCGGUGCCUCAUAAAGAUGGUCAAGAAGGUGGAUGGGAAAGACGCCCAUGACAACUGUGAGGAAUAUGUGGAAGGUACAAAGAAAGACUACAGAUGGUUCGAGAUGUCCUUCUUCACUCGAUGGGACCGUUCGGGCCUGUCCCAGGUCUUGUGCGUCGAUCUGCCAAAAGACUUCCCCCUUGAGUUGCACAGGCUCCUGGAGAGGCGGCCUGAGCCUCUCAAUUUCCAAGACCCGUUUGCCAUGCAUACCAGCCUCAUUGACCAGAUAGUCGUGCAUGCGGACAUCUCGGUUUGGCGAGUGCGAGACCCCGUGCGGCUCCUCGAAAAGACCCGUAUGCGGACCGGUGCCAUCUUCGGGCCCAUCCACGAGAUGUCCCGCCACGCGAUUCACACAUCCGAGAUUCUCGAGGCGAGCAUCGACACACUAAAGGAAAUGCAGCACUGUCGGAUCGCCAUUCACCACAGGUUACAUCCCGAUCUAGGGGAGACGUACAGAGAGCAGGCUAAGGACUACGCUCAGUUCCAAAUCUCACUAGUCAAGGCUCUGAAGCUGCGGUCUGAUUCCAACCAAGAACGGCUCAAAAAUGAGGUCAACCUGGUCUUAACAACUUGUGUCCCCGUUUAUUCUCGCUAA